AUGCUCAACUGCAUUUUGGUACAACGUCAGACAAAAGGAUCUGAACACGUCCAAAACAGACUUGGUCGACUUCGCUUUGCCAGCCUCGAGCCAAACAUGGACGACACACUUUCAAUUUUUUUAGAGUUACUUUUUUGUGUGGCCUUGGUUCCUUUCCCUGCAUGUUCAGGUAUGUAUCGCGGAGAAAUCUUUUAAGGGGCAAAUGAAAAUGCGCGCAAUGGAAAUAUUAUAAUGCGUAUAAGCGUCACUAUAUGACAGAGCGAUAGAUUGUCUUUCAGAAAUAAUAUUUCCCUUACUAGUGAUUCUUCUUCGGGUCAGUACAAGAAUACGAAUAUGUCCACUCCAACGGAGAAGAUAUAACGAUGAAAAACCCUGUAAUGAGGUUAUCGACCUUUUUCGACCUCGAAACGUGCUCAGGUUUAAUUGCAUUAUGGCACAACGCCAGGCAAAAGGAUCUGAACACGUCCAAAACAGAUUUGGUCGACUUCGCUUUGCCAGCCUCGAGCCUCGAAAUAAUAUUUCCCUUACUAGUGAUUCUUCUUCGGGUCAGUGCAACUGAAAGUCAUAGUGUUCAUUGUUAGGAAGAAGAAUUAGCACAAUGGUGAAUAAAUGUUUCAAAUGAGGACAUUGUACAAGUACAAGAACAAGUACAAUCGUGUCAUUUGAUCAAAACUUACAGAAGACCAAAUAGUUGAUCGUUACUUUUGAUCAAUUGUAUGCAAUUCUCGCUUUAACCUACAAUAAUCAAUCGACAAGCAUUGUCGUCUGUCAUGGGUACAUUGAUUCUUCCUUUUCCUGAUAUUUAUUCGUUGACACAGGAUAUUUCUUCACGGAAUAAGCAUGCCCCUAUUUACUUCCUGUGUUGUUGCUUGGAAACAGCGGACGAUAUACUUUUUGUGGUUGUCAGGAACGUGUAAUUAAUGCCCAUGAUCAAUCCAGUCUGAAAUUCUUUUUGAGAUCUCAUUCUUUAGCUACGCCUGUUCAAGUACCAGAAAGUAGAAAACUUUUCUAACUUGACAGAGAGAGGCAUAGAUUUUCUAUCAGAAAUAAUAUUUCCCUAACUGAUGAUUCUUUUUCGGGUCAGUAUCAAAGUCAUCGUGUUCAUCGUCUGGAAGAAGCUUAAAGCACAAUGGUGAAUAAAUGUUUGAAAUGAGUAUAUCGUACAAAUAGUAUCGUGUUCCAAUGUUCUAUAAAAUCGCGUCAUUUGAGAUCAAAACUUACAGAAGACCAAAUAGUUGAUCGCUGCCUUCGUUCAUUUGUAUGCAGUUCUCGCUUUAACCUACAAUAAUCAAUCGACAACCAUCGUCGUCUGUCAUGUUUACAUUGAUUCUUCCUUUUACUUAUAUUUAUUCCUUUACACAGGAUAUUCCUUCACGGAAUAAGCAUACCCCUAUUUACUUCCUGUGUUGUUGCUUGGAAACAGCGAACGAUAUAGUUUUCGCGGUUGUCAGGAACAUGUAAUAGAUGCCCAUGAUUAAUCCAGUUUGAAAUUCUUUCUGAGAUCUCAUUCUUUAGCUACGCCUGUUCAAGUACCAGAAAGUAAAAAACUUUUGUCUUUGAUCAGAAAAGUGUUUAUGUUUCCGAUUGCCUUUAGUUACAGGUCUUAGGUCGGUCCGGUAUCCUCGCUAUUUCAAAAGUUUCAUAGGUCAAUUUAUUACCAAGAGUGUUACUCCGGGUAAUGCUUGUUCUCGAAAAUUGAACACUUUGGAUUUGGAUUGUUUCUCGUUUUAGAAAAUUUUGCACUCCGCAUUCAAGGCACUCCAAAACGUAGUUAUAUUGCUGAAGUUGGAGACAUAAAACGGUUAUGA